AUGGAUCCCUCAAAAACACAAAUGUUAAAGUUGUCCUAGUCAACAAAAGAAAGGGUGGAGGCUGCGAAAUAAUAUAUAGAGAAGAAAUACUAAAAGCUUCUUUACGAAUAAAAAGAGAAAAGGGAAAAAUGGGAAUAAUUAAUUCAAAAAUUGACAAAUUUGAAUUAUACUUAAAUUGAACAAUAAGUGAUAAAAUAGGACUUAUUUCAUAAAGAAGCUGAAAUACUGAGAUUAUAGAGAUAAAAGUUGAGCAUAAAAGAUUUCGAAUCGGUAGAAAUAAUUGGAAGAGGAGCAUUUGGUGAAGUCAGAUUAUGUCGUAAUAAGUUGUCAAAUGAGAUUGUGGCAGUGAAAAAAAUGAAAAAGUCAGAGAUGCUUUAUAAAAAUCAGGUAUGUCAUGUAAGAGCCGAAAGAGAUUUAUUAGCAGCCUCGGACAACACUUGGAUAGUUCAAUUGAAGUGCUCAUUCUAGGAUGAGAAAUACUUGUAUUUGGUGAUGGAAUAUUUGCCUGGGGGAGAUCUAAUGACUUUACUAAUGAAGAAAGACAUUUUCACCGAAAAAGAGUCUUAGUUUUACAUGGCCGAAUCAAUAAUGGCAGUUGAUUAGGUGCAUAAAUUGAAAUACAUACACAGAGAUUUGAAACCCGAUAAUAUUUUACUCCAGGCAGAUGGACACAUAAAGUUAAGUGAUUUUGGACUAUGUAAAUAUGUAGAAUCUCGUGGAACCAGAUUGGAUGAACGAAUAAGUGUGCAUAAACCUGAGGACAAAGGUAGUAACACUACAACCUUUAAAAGAAAUAGAAUCAAAGCAUAUAGUACAGUUGGAACACCUGAUUACAUUGCUCCUGAGGUUUUCGGGAAAUCUGGUUAUAGUGAGACUGCAGAUUGGUGGUCUUUGGGAGCAAUUCUUUUCGAAAUGCUUGUAGGAUAUCCUCCCUUUUUUUCUGAUGAUCCUUCAUCCACAUGUUAGAAGAUCAUUAAUUGGAGGAAGACUCUUGUCAUUCCUCCUGAAGCCAAAUUAUCUCCAGCUGCAACUGAUCUUAUUCUUAGGCUAAUGACUGAUGCUUCAAAUAGACUGGGCUUAAAUGGAGUUAAUGAAAUAAAGGCACAUCCCUUCUUUGCUGGUAUUGAUUGGAAGAGUUUGAGAACUAAAGUCUCACCUUACAUCCCAGAAAUCAAAUCUGAAUUAGAUACUAGAAACUUCGACAAAUUUGAAGAGCAAGAACCUUGGGUUCCAUAAGAUUCUGGCAAGUCCAUAAGAAAAGAUGUUAACUUUAUAGGUUAUACCUUUAAUCGGGAAGUAGAAGUUUAAAGGUCCUAUCUCUUAUAGGCUUUAUUAGAUCUUGAUGCUUUGCAAGCUUAAAAAACAGUAAGUCCAUCUAUUUGUAUUUAGGUACCCACUGAAUCCACGUUGAGUAAGUCUUAGGAGAAAAAGGAUCCCUUUGCUAUUCAGUAAAUGCCCAUCAAUUUGUAAUUGGAUUCUGAUUUGCAAAGCAAAUUACUCAAAACUUAGAAGUAGUUGUAAAAUAAUUCAUCCAAACCUGUUCUUACUACAAAAUAGUAGACACCCGUUUCAAAGCUCCAAUAAUAAUUAAGUUUAAGUCCAACUCAUCAAGGCUUCAAUCAAUAAAAUUACCUUAAAUAAUUGAUAAGUCCAUAAAAUAAAAAAAUGGCUAUUUCACCAUAAUCUAAACCCGUAAGUGAGCACUAAAACCCUCCUUUAGCAUAAUUAUAUAAAUAAUUUGAAUUGUAGAAAUAAGCCAGCAAUACCCAAAGGGCCCAACCAAAAUCAUAGAUUCAAAUUCCAAUCAAUAAUAAUAUUAUUAGCAAGAAAUGA